AUGGACUUGUCCCAUUUGACUCGCCCGGGCAUACUGUCCCAAUGCUCACGGUGCUCCAGCUCACUGGCUGCACUGGAGAAUGAGUGGGCAAAACUGUCCAAUGUCUAUGCUAUCCCAACGGCAUGGCUCAGUGUCGACCUCCAUCGUAUCACCGUAUCGUCGGAGCGCAAACAGAUCCCCCAUACCUCUGACAUGACCGUCUUGCGUGGGCGUAUCAUCCAAGAAAUUUCUUGCAAAUUAUGUCAACAACGAAUUGGAGUCUUGUGUCCAUUUGACACUGGACUGAAUAUACUGUGGAAAAUGAACAAGGUUGCGUUCAGGGAGAUCGUUACUAUGCGGACCGUGCAACCUCAGUUCAAGCAGGGGACCCUCGAACGCCUCCUUAAUUCUACCCCGAAAGAACCACCGCGCCGUAACUCAGAAACUGUUCAGGACAGUGCGCUUGUACCGGCUGGCGUUUCUGACCCUACCAAUCUCGAUCCGUCAGUACAAAGACAGAUGAUCAGCCAAGGCAGAAGCAUCGAUCAAAUCUCAAACUCCGUGAAUCACCUACAAGAUACAAUGUCAGAUCUCAAGCAUUCCUUCACCGCACUUCGAAUUGAGUUGAACGGACCAAAUAGGCAUAUUGGAGAGGGAUCCAACCUCCAGGGGCAUGAUUUUAAUAUGAUUGCUACCGUACUCAGGGAACUCAAAUCCAAAUCCGACGAAAUUGAGAAAUUGAAGUUGGAAAUUGAAGCUCUGAAGUUAAAAAACCGUUACAUGGGAGGAAACUCGCCACAAUCACACCAAGAUACAUUGUCUGUCUUGAAUAUGAACGCUGCGCUUCCUGAAGUCCGGAGCCCGGGCCUGCUUCAGGCAGGCCGGAAGCGCACCUGGCCCGACGCAUUCCCUGCUGAUCGGAGCCAACAACCUGGCGCUUUCUUUGAUGAAAACGACAUGACUGACGAUUCGGACUUAUCAUUCCCAGCUGUUCGUGAAUCCCGUACUGAUCUUACCGAUCAACAACGGCGUGCUAUUACCAGCGGCCCGUCGGAAUACAGGGCGGAGUCAGAGCUGCCCCCUCGGAAUGGGACCAGUAAGACCAACCGAGCUCAAUCCCAACCUCCACAACAAACCAUAGCGAAACGCCCGCGUCUCAACCCGUCAAAUGACGACCACGCUGAAACAACUACAUCGCAACCACCUGCCCCGAGAGGACGUGGCAGACCCCGAAAAUCGAUCAACGCACUACCGAAUCCCAAUCCCGAUACUCCACAACCUUCAAAUCCCACCCCAAAUGAGCCGGGAAGUAACACUAGUUCCACUAGUCAACCAACCUUGGCACGCCGGCAAUCCCGUCGCAGUCUGCGACCAACAUCUCCUGACCCGGGGCCAUCUUAUAGCGACAAUGCUCAAGAUAGCUUAUCUGAUUUGCAGCAAGCGGCCAACAAAAAAACCAAACGCAACACUGGCUCUCCGAAUGGUAGUCGCAUUGGUGCCCCGGAGGAAACUAUGGAUGAAGUUGGUAUGAAUGAGAAGCGUAAAGCUAAGGUCGCGGCGCGGGACGUUAUGGCCAGAAUGGCGUUGCAGCAGGAAGAGGCUCGAGAGGAAGGCAAUACACGAUAG